AUUUCAAAUAGAUUCCCAUCGUGAUUCUUCUGAAGAUCUGAACCUUUUUUUCGUUGCUAAUCAAUUAGGGCUCUGGGAAAUUGCUAGAUUGAUCCUACAAGUUCAUUUUCCGGCCGAUUCGAACGCCGUGAAAAUCAGAAUCUUUCGAACGGGAAAUUCAGAAGAGGAGGAAGAUGAACGUGUUCAGAUUGGCUGGGGAUAUGACUCAUUUGGCCAGCAUUCUGGUUUUACUCCUCAAAAUUCAUACUAUCAAGUCUUGUGCUGGCAUUUCUUUGAAGACUCAAGAACUUUACGCCCUGGUUUUCGUUACCCGUUAUUUGGAUAUAUUUGACAGAUUUGCAUCAGUAUAUAAUUUGAUAAUGAAAUUAAUAUUUCUUGGGAGUUCUCUCUCCAUUGUUUGGUAUAUGCGACGUCACAAAGUCGUGCGUAGAUCGUACGACAAGGACCAGGACACGUUUCGUUAUCAAUUUAUCGUGCUGCCUUGUCUGCUGUUGGCUCUGGUUAUUAAUCAUAAAUUUACAUUUAAAGAGGUUAUGUGGACGUUUUCUCUAUAUGUCGAAGCCGUUGCCAUUCUUCCUCAAUUGGUGUUGCUACAAAGGACGAGGAAUAUCGACAAUUUAACGGGACAAUACGUCUUCCUUCUUGGCGCGUACCGUGCAUUGUACAUAUUGAAUUGGAUUUAUCGCUACUUAACCGAACCUUACUUUGUUCGUUGGAUAACUUGGACGGCUGGUCUCGUGCAAACGUUGCUGUAUGCUGAUUUCUUUUACUACUAUAUCAUGAGCUGGAAGAACAACGUCAAGCUUGAAUUACCAGCUUAGCUUAAAAGGGUUAGCGUUAGAAUUGUGUUAAGGUUUGGCAGAAAACGUAGCUUUUCUGUCAGUUUUGAAUUAGUUGUAGUUUUGGGGACUUUAUUUAAGUUGGGACUUUUUUUUCCCUUUAUAGAUUUAAUUCUGUUCAUUUUCAAUCCUCUUGUAAGUUUACACUCUAUAAACAAAGUCCUUGCACCUUC